GAGGACGCGAUCAGGGGACGCGCACGGGGAAGUUCAGACACGCAGAAAGUCGUCGGACUGAAGAGAUGAAGCUCGAGGAGUAAAAAUAUCAAACCUGGAGAUUGAGAAUAAAGACCGGAGAGUGAUAAUAAAGAAAGUGCUGUGUGUUUACAUCAGUAUGGUUUUGUGAAAUAAGUAUCUGAAAAUCAUGGCGCUGGUCCAGUCUCUCCCUGUGUCCGUCGAUCAUCCGGCACCAGGCCCGGACGCUCGUAUCCACCGGCGCUCCCCACCCUCUCCUCCAUCAAGGAGAGCAAUGGGUCAGGUCGGUAACUUGAUUCCCAACCAUUUCACCCAUCACGACCGAGGACACCUCGAGGUCAGCACCAAGUUUCGUAAGGGCAUGCCAGACUCAGGAUGGGUGCUGCCAGAGACCUCGCAGGAUUUUCUGCUUGGAAGUCGGACCCCGUCCAGUAAGAGGAGGGCUAUCGUUGGCAGAGGAAAGGGUUUCGGUUCUCGCUCGUAUUCGCAUGAAGACUUGAUAAUGGACAGGAAUGAUAAAGACGGACCUCCGAAACUGGUCCCCGUGUCAGGCCAGUUAGAAAGGAACAUUCAGCAGGCCAUUAUCAGACCCACUGCCUUCAAACCCGUCAUCCCCAGGAGUCGCAACGGCAUGCAGUUCCUUUCUCCACGGCAAGGGGGCGCUCUGUCCGGAAGCCAAGGAAACCUUAGCAUGUUUUCAUUAGGAGAUGAGGACGUCACCCCGGUAGUAACAGAACGACGCAGUUCUUACAGCGGAGCUCGAAACGGUUUGUUGAGCCACUCUUUCAACGUGACGGACAACUCCUUAUCAAACAUUCCUGCCUAUAACAGCCCUGUGAGCCAAAGUGAGCCAGCUAGACAUCACGGACACUCCAACUCCGACAGCGGACGCUCUUCAUCCAGCAAGAGCACGGGGUCUAUGGGUGGUCGCUGUCCGCCGCUGUCAGACAUGGGGUCAAGUGGACCUUCACCGCCUCCUAUAGAAGUCUACGAGAUGAUUGUGAGAGAACUGGAAGAGAAACUGAAAGGGAGAGACCUGGAGCUUCAGCAGCUCAGAGAGAACCUGGAUGAGAACGAAGUAGCUAUCUGUCAAGUGUACGAGGAGAGGCAGAAACGCAGUGAGCUGGAGAUGGAGGAGUUCCGGCAGACUUGCGCAGCUAAAAUGCAGAAAGCGUCUCAUAAAGCGCAGCGAGAACUUCAGCUGGUGCAGGUGCAGCUCUUUCAGCUUCAGCAGGAGAAGAAGCAGCAGCACGAGGAGAUGACCAAGCUCCUGCAGGAGCGUCAGACACUCGAGGAGCGAUGUGCCGUCUGUGAACGAGAACACGUCCAGCUGGGUCCCAGACUGGAGGAGACCAAAUGGGAGGUGUGUCAGAAGUCUGGUGAGAUUUCACUGCUGAAGCAGCAACUGAAAGACCUUCAGGCUGAUCUGGCCCAACGCGCCGGUGAGCUGGUGACUCUCCGCGGGCAGCUGAGGGAGGCGCGCUCGGAGUUACAGACCUGCCACGGUCACCUACAGGAGGCUCACACGGCGUCACGGACCCGAACCCUGGAGCUCGAGGUCUGCGAGAACGAACUGCAGCGUCGCAAGAGCGAAAACGAGCUGCUUAGAGAGAAGAUGAGUCGUCUCGAGGAAGAAUCGUCUCGCCUGCGUGAAGCUCUCAGCGUGAGCUCCUCCAACAGAGGAGGCGGGGCAUCUGGGGAGGAACGGCGACUAACCAAUGAAAGUGAGGAAUUAAAAGCAUCAAAGCAGCAUGCAGACAGGUUGAAGGCGGAGCUCGCAUACGAGCGACAGACUUUGUCCGAUCAGGCCGCUGCGUUUGAGAGCGAAAGAAAGAGUUGGGAAGAGGAAAAAGAUAAAGUGAUUCGCUAUCAGAAACAGCUUCAGCAGAACUACAUAAAGAUGUACACAAGAAAUCGAGAACUCGAUCGAUCUCUCCGUGACCUCAGACUGGAGCUGGAGAUGAGAGACCAGGACGAUGAGAGCAGUGGAAAUGAAGUCACCUUUGAUGACAUUGCCGCAACUGAGAUCUAGUAUCUCAAACCGAUGUCUACUGCCACGCCAUGCAUUCAGAAAUGCACUCUACAUAUAAUAAAGAUCCACCAGCUGCAUCUAACAAGUCAACAUCCAAACAGUAUUGCGAAUGACGUAAAGCUUACUGGAUUGUAAAGAAUUGUAAAGAAGUCUUAAAAUAUAAGGUGGUAUAUAGUCUUGAUGACAUCACUUAAGAAAACUUGUUUUAGAGGAGCUGUGACCGAAUCAUUUUGAUGAACGAUUACUAAGACGAACAUUGUUUUGAAUAACAUGCACUGAUGAAUCAUUGACAGUAAGAGCAGAUCAGAGCGUAUAAGACGAGAAGAUACACAGGGUUCAUAUCGGUCAAAAACACAUCACCAUCAUCUACCUUCAGACACACACAACCCCAAUGCUUUAUACAUGCUGUAAUAUGAUGACAUGCUUGCUUACAAUCUUACUUAUACAAUGCAAUAUUUGUGAAAAACUAUUUAUUUGACUUUAAGUGUCAUUAUUUAUUUUGGACAUUCAAGUACAAAUACAGUCUCAUUUAAUGAGUGUGUGUCUGUGUGUCUGUGUCUGUGUGUGUGUGUGUGUGUGUGUGUGUGUCUGUGUGCGUCUGCAUGUGUGUCUGAAGUAAACUCACAGAAGUGAGGAAGAUUUUGUGUGAUUCAUGGCUUCAUCUAUCACUCCAUCUGCACUAAACCAAUCAAACAACAUUUAACUCAUUAUUUUCCUUAUUAAAUACACAGCACAGAAGAAGUGGAUUCAUGCGAUCAGAAUGACUGUAAUCAUGGAAAACAUAAAAUAUAUAUAAAAGGAGAACGCUCAGAUAUCUGUCAUCACGUUAUCGUUAUAUUAUAUGUUGAGAUAUAUUAUUGUAAUGAAACACAUGAAUGAUCCACACUGAUAUUAUCAUUCAUGUGGUAUAAUCUGAGAUAUUUACUGACACAACAAUAAUUAAUCCUAAAGUCAGGUUCCAUAGACGCUGUGUUUUAUGGCCAUAUACGUAAGCUAUAGACUGUUAUAAUUGUACUCGACUAAAACACUGUUACGGUUUAGAUUCAUGCUUUAUACUCAAUACGUUUAUAAUGUGUACUACAUAGAAGUCACUGUGAAUAGACCAAAGGAUGUUUAAGCGCUCUGUAUUGUGCGAGUGAUUCUUCUGGCAGUAUUGUACAUUUUUUAAAUAACAGUGUUUGUAUGAAGUCAAUAAAUGUCUAUUUUUCAUGCUGUACUGUAUAUUCCUAUGAGCUAUUAUUUGUAAUUAAACAUCUGCACUGAACAACA